GACUCGUCAAAGAAUAAAACAUCCAAUAAGCAACAUUUUUGUUUCUUAAAUCAACGUUUUGCGACCGGGGAGACUUAUCAUCGAGUGCGAGUAAGGAGUAAGGUAGAAAAAACCCUAGACAUCAACAACAGCAGCAUCCGCAAGCAGCAACAAUGGCGAACUACGAUUUAACGCCGAGAAUAUCGCCGCAUCUCGAUCGCCAUCUCGUAUUUCCUUUACUUGAAUUUCUUCAAGAACGUCAAUUUUACCCUGAGGAACAACUUCUCAAGGCUAAGAUCGAGCUUCUUAACAAUACUAAUAUGGUCGAUUAUGCCAUGGACAUCCACAAGAGCCUUUACCGCCUUGAUGAUGUUCCUCAAGAUAUGGUGGAUAGGAGAGUUGAAAUAGUUGCGAGGUUGAAGGCAUUGGAAGAAGGUGCUGCUCCUUUGGUUGCUUUUCUUCAGAGUGAGGAUAAAGUUCAGGAAUUACGUGCUGAUAAACAGUAUAAUCUUCAAAUGCUUAAUGAACGUUAUCAGAUAGGUCCAGAGCAGAUUGAGGCAUUGUAUCAAUAUGCGAAAUUCCAAUUUGAAUGUGGGAACUAUUCUGGUGCAGCAGAUUUUCUCUAUCAGUACCGAGCUCUUUGCACAAACAGUGAACGACGCCUCAGUGCCUUGUGGGGAAAACUUGCAGCUGAAAUUUUAAUGCAAAACUGGGACAUUGCUCUUGAGGAACUCAACCGUUUGAAAGAGAUAAUCGAUUCUAAGGCUUUCACAUCACCUUUGAAUCAGGUGCAAAGUAGAAUAUGGCUGAUGCAUUGGAGCUUAUUCAUCUUCUUUAACCAUGAUAAUGGCAGGACACAAAUAAUUGACCUUUUUAAUCAGGAUAAAUAUCUCAAUGCUAUACAAACGAAUGCUCCUCAUCUUUUGCGUUAUCUUGCAACUGCAUUCAUUGUCAACAAGAGAAGACAACCUCAAUUCAAAGAUUUCCUUAAGGUCAUCCAGCUGGAGCAAAACUCAUACAAAGAUCCUAUCACUGAAUUUUUGGCUUGUGUUUCUGGCAACUAUGACUUUGAUGAGGCGCAAAAGAAGUUGAGGGAAUGUGAAGACGUCAUAUUAAAUGAUCCAUUCCUUGGAAAACGAGUUGAGGAAGGCAAUUAUACAACUGUUCCGUUAAGGGAUGAGUUCCUUGAAAAUGCUCGCCUUUUCAUUUGUGAAACGUAUUGCAAGAUACAUCAGCGUAUUGACAUGGGAGCUCUUGUGGGAAAAUUGAAUUUAAGUUAUGAAGAAGCUGAGAGGUGGAUUUUGAUGCUGAUACGCACUUCUAAGCUUGAUGCCAAGAUUGAUUCUAAGUCAGGAACCAUAGUGAUGGAGCCAAAUUGCCCAAAUGUGUAUGAGCAGCUCAUAGAUCACACUAAAGCAUUGUCAAUGCGCACAUACAAAUUAGCCGGCCAACUUCUCGAACAAGGACACCCACAGGCAGCGCGAUAGUUUUUCAACGUGGGAGUGCAGUGGUUGUUUGUACUGUUAGUUUCUGUGAUAGUCGAUUGUUGUAGGUGUAAGAGUUUGUAGGUCAUAAUUUCAUUACGUUAAUUUCCUAUCUAAACAAUUACGUGCUUGAUUUUAGAGAUUAGAAAUUCGACAGGAUGUACGGAGCGUUUUUGUUAACUUGAUUUGGUUCAGUUUUGAUAUCUUCAAAAUCUGCUAUACGUUGCAGGUUUCAAAUAGUAUAUUUGUAUUCGAAAUUCUGAUGGUACCAGAUUAUUUGAUAGAGGAAAGCUAGUUUGGUCACGUGCAAUGCAUGUGAGUCUUCAAAAUUGAGUUAGUUUGAGUUAGUUAAAUGUUGUUAGUUGUAGUUUUGGCGGGAAGAAUAAUAAUUUUGUUAUUUUGUUUUACUCAUUGCUUAUACUUGAUAUGUAAGAUACAAUUUUGUAAUAUGAGGAUAUCAAUAAUACAGUAGUCAUUCUUCCUA